GCAAGAAAUCACUUCUGGUGUAAACGAAGUAAAUGUAAACACGUUUUGAGGUUAUAUUUUUGUGAAAGUAAAAUAGUGUGAAUUUUUCUGAAAUAUGGACAUGGAGACGCGAGAAUUAGUUUUAGUAGACGUCGAACACAAAAAACAAUAUAAACUAAUGCUGAGUGUUGAAGAUCAUGCAAGGGCAACACAAGACAUGGCAUUUGCAUCUACUUUAUUGCAACAUGCUGUAAUUAAUGGAAUGCACAAUAAUGCCACGGAAGAUCACACGGAUUCAGCUGCUGAUGUCGAGGCUGCUGUGCACGAUAAUCCCACUGAAGGUUACACAGAACCAACUUCGCCACAAAGCGGAUACGAUAGGGUAAAGGCGUAUAAGAGUACGCGGGUGUAUAAGAGUACGCACCUUUAUUUUGAAUAUAUACUCCCAUCUAUUUGAUAUUUUGAGCGGCUCGGCCCAUUGUAAAUUGCACAUUCUAAUACAGGCAAAAGCAGAUAUCUGUAUUACCAAAGCUGUUUUUACAAUAUGGCGAUUAUAAGUUCCCGCUUGUUCACACUGUAGUUUCUAGGGGUCAGUUUUUAGUGUUUUUGGAGGUAAGUGUUCACUCUGUAGAUUGAUUAAUGCAAUUUCUUGCUUCUAAAUAACCUUACGUACUAUUUUCUUAGCUACAAUUAAUUGGGUGGCUAUUUUUUUCGAGACAUUGCUUAUAAUGCCAAAAUUCUGACGUAUGUCUAAGAGUACGCAGUUUUGAAAGCAUAAGAGCACGCACUGCGUACUCUUAUACACGAGAAGGUUUUUAUGCUUUCCUACUGUCUAAAUAGCGAAAUAGUCUUAAUAAUUUCCUAUUUUUUAGUUUGCUAGUAAACGAGUAUGAGCCGAUACAAAAGAAAAAGUGACCGAAAGCUGGUUUUUACAGAGGAAAAUUUGGAAGAUAUAAAGCGUAAAAUCACUGAAGGCUGUAGUAAGAGAAGUAUAGCUAGAGAAAUGGGUAUAAAUGAAGCUACCCUACGAAAACGAUUAAAAUGUGGCACUAUUCCGAAAUCGUUAGGGCGAUUUCGAAGUGAUAUUCCUGAAAAUAUGGAAAUUGAAUUGGCACAGCAGGUACGAGAUUUAGAUUCGCGAUUUUAUGGCAUUACUAAGAAGAAUCUACAAAUAGCAGCAUUUAAGUUUGCUCAAGUCAAUAACAUUCAACAUCGAUUCAACAAAAUCACAAAAAUGGCAGGCCCAUCUUGGAUAAAAGGUUUUUGUCACCGGCAUAAUAUAUCACUUCGUCAACCAGAGAAAUGUGCAAUGGGUCGAAUCAUGGGAUUCAAUAAAGUUCAGGUGAACAGAUUUUAUGAAAAUCUUAAAAUUUUGUACGAAAAGAGGAAAUACAUAGCAAGUUCAGUUUACAACAUGGACGAAACGGGGUUGUCAACAGUGCCGAAUAAAUUACCUAAGGUAUUAAGUAGCAAAGGUAAGAAACUGGUGGGAAAAGUGGCGAGUGCUGACCGAGGACAGCUUGUAACCGCUGUAUGUUGUAUGAGCGCCACAGGAACGUACAUUCCUCCAGCAAUGAUAUUCCCCAGGAAAAGAAUGAAAGAGGAGCUCUUUUUAAAUGCACCAACGGGUACCUAUAAAAUGGUGUCUGAAUCUGGAUUUAUUAAUACAGAGUUAUUUUGCCAGUGGUUGGUUCAUUUUAAGAACUGCACCAAACCUAGCGCUGAAAAUCCAAUACUUUUGAUACUUGAUAACCAUAGUUCACAUCGCGAUUUACAAGCCAUACAAUAUUGCAGGGAAAAUCACAUAGAUUUGUUAUCUUUACCUCCCCAUGCAAGCCACAAGAUGCAGCCCCUAGACGUUGGCUUCUUUGGCCCUUUGAAAAAUUCAUACAGCAGAGAAUGUGAUAAAUGGAUGACAAAUAAUCCCGGGAAGGUGAUAACACAAAUUCAAGUCGCCGGACUAUUUAACAUUGCUUACACUACCGUUGCAAACAUUCAAAAGGCCGAAAAUUCAUUCAAGGCGACUGGAAUCUAUCCCUACAAUCCAGAUAAGUUUGAUGAUCUUGAUUUUGCACCGUCCUUGGUCACAGAUUUUCCUACCAGUUCUAAUACAAAUGAAAAUAAUGUCACCGAAGCUAUGGAACAGAACGUGAUAAUUAACACAGUUUUAUCAAAUAACCAGCCUAAUGAAGAAAUUUCGGAGGCCGAAUUAUCUAUUCCAUUGGACAUAACACCACCACCAGUCAGCAACGAUGUCAUGCACGUGACACCAUCAUUAGAUAUUAUCAAUAGUUAAAUAGUGUGUGAAGAUGGUGUGGUGAUACCAAACACUUUGCAAGGAGUGGAAGAAAAUUAUUUCAAUCAAUCGAUACCAGUUUCAGAUAUUUUACCUUUGCCGCAAAUACAAGAUAAGCCAAAUCGUUGUAAAUCUAGAUCUCAGAAAUCGGAAAUACUAUCCAGUACCCCAUUCAAAAACGAACUAGAGGAACUGGUUCAAGCAAAAACAACUAAACAAGAAAGGAAAGCAGAUAAAAUGAAAAGAAAAUUAGUAGUUAGUAGUUCAGGAUCUGGAACAUCACGAAAACAGCAAAAGAAAAAACACAAUGACAAAGAUGAAAAGGACGUGAGCUGUCCAGGAUGUGGGGAACUAUAUUCCAAGUCUCAAGAUGACUGGAUUAAAUGUUCUGAAUGCAACAAAUGGUGGGAAGAAUCAUGUACAACCUAUGUAACAGGAAAUUUUGUUUGUGCCAGCUGUGAAGAGUGAAUAAGUUGAUUGUAUUUUCUAUUUCUAUUGUUUCUUUUUUCUAUAAUCUCUAAAUAAACGUUUGUUCUCAUUAUAUUUGAUUCUUCAUACCACUUUUACAUUCAAAAAGUAUAUGCGUACUCUUUAGCAUUGUCAUGCGUACUCUUAUACAAGUCUAUGUAUAAGAGUACGCAUAUACAGAGUUACAAAUAAAGUUAAUUAUCUCAUAUUUAAGUAAUAACAUAGUGUGGUAAUAACUAAUAAUAAAUUAUGAAACACUCAUUUUUACCAAAGACAUAUUAAAUCAAUAUAUCUACAUAAAAAUGAGGACAUUAUUUCACUUCAAUCACUAAGUGCGUACUCUUAUACGUCUUUACCCUACUGAUGGUAAGUACACUGAUAAGUGAAAUAUUUAUAACAAGAUUUGUACUUAGAUUUAUGCCGUUGGUCCUUUGAAGGAGUAACUUUGUUGUUAAACCUGUAUGGAGAAAAACAGGAUGUAUUAGUGAAGGGGAAGGUGAAACAAAAAGCUUUUUGGAAUAGUAUUGCCGAAUUAAUGGCUAAACAUGGUUAUACGUACACUGCCAGUCAGUGUAAGACAAAACUUGCAACUUUGAAAAGGCAAUAUAAAAAGGUCAAGGACCAUAAUAAAGUAUCGGGAAAUGAUAGAAAAGAUUGGCCGUAUUUGGAAGCAAUGGAUGAAAUAUUUUCUUCUCAACCAUGGUUAGUACCAGUUUCUUUAGCCAGUAGUAGUAGUGCGAGCGUAAAUAGUGCUGCCAGUAGUAGCUCUACCAGUACAUCAAUUACACCUUCUACCUCAGCAACAUGUGCAAUAGCGAACAAAAAUUCACCAAAAACGGAGGGGAAGAAAAAACAAUCACCAAAAAAGAAUAGAAAAUUGGUGGACAUUUUAAACAAGUUGCGAGAAGAUAAAGAAAAGCAUCAUAAAGAAAGAAUGGAGAAAAGUACAGAAGCAUUAAGUUUAUUACGCACACUUGUUGAUAACAUUUCGAAAAAGUAAUGAUACUAAUACCUAAUUAUUUUUAUUAAUGUAUAAUAAAUUUAUUUUCAUUCGUAU